AACCGUUGCCUACCCUUUGCCUCUUCGAAUCUUAUACACUGAGCAGAGAAUGACAUGGAGGGCCCACACAACUAGAGAUAGGAAACCAACGGACGUAUCUCUCUCUCUCUCUUCCCCCCUAAAUUAUUGAAAAAAUGGCGUCAUCUUCUCUCUGUGGGUCUCCGAUUGCUCACUUGAUCGGCGCCGGUCAUCGCGUCCCUCUCUUCAGGUUCAUCCAACUGAACUCUUCUAGGAGAACCGGCUCCAUCCGGUUGCAUGCGAGGGAAGAGAGCAGCCCCCCGACGGGCGAAACCGGUACAGACUCGGAGAACGCAGUGCUGCGCGCGGCAUGGUACGGGUCCGAGAUUUUGGGAAUCGUCGCGUCUUUCUUUCGCUCGGCUCCUCCUCCGUCAUCGUCGGCGACGCCAGAGAUUGAGAUUGAGACCGAAGAAGGAUUGGGAUCGGUGGCGGGUCGAGCUCAAGUCGUGGAAGCCAUCAAACAGGACUUCGACCGUUCUUACUUCGUUACUGGAAACCUGGCCCUCAAAGCAUAUGAAGAGGGCUGUGAGUUUGCCGAUCCAGCUGGUUCAUUUCGAGGUCUUAGCCGAUUCAAAAGAAACUGUACAAAUUUUGGAUCGCUGCUUGUAAAAUCUAAUAUGAAGCUCACAAAGUGGGAGGACUUUGAGGAUAAAGGCGUCGGGCAUUGGCGCUUUAGCUGCGUUAUGUCAUUUCCUUGGAGGCCUAUACUUUCAGCUACCGGGUACACCGAAUAUUACUUUGAUGCUCAAUCGGGCAAAGUCUGCAGGCACGUUGAGCAUUGGAAUGUUCCUAAGAUGGCACUUCUUAAGCAAAUAUUCAGACCGACUCGGUGGGUGUGGGGAAUUAAGUAGUUAAAUUUGCUAAACAUAUGCAUAUUAAUUUGGUUAUGGUUUCUUAAGAGUAUAGAUAAAUGCAAUGGAUUGAAGCAUAUAGCUACAUAUUAGCUUUGUACAUAGAUCAGAAUAUACAUACAACUACAAAUACAUAGUAUUUUGUUGAGUUGCAGUUUAACGAAACCCUGUGAAAGUUCAAUGGAUGCAGAUAAAAUAUCAUGUGCAGUGCCUUUGUUCA